AUUUAAUUUUGAAUCACAAAUUGAAGGACCGAGUUGAACCUUUGCACAUUUUUUACUUUCUGUUCACACAAUAUCUGUUACUGCUUCUCCGCCAUUCUAAGCUCCCUUCCCGCCGCAAAAAACCACCUCAUCACUCUCGCCGGCACACCUCUAUCUCCGAAAUGCCUUCUAAUCUAACCUUACUGAACAUUAUUAUCUAACACCAUGUCAUUCAAGAAGAAACUCCCGCUCCCAAUUUUAAAAAAACUCAACCCACCACCACCACAGCCACCGUCUCCACCGCCGUUACCGCCUCUCCCCAACCCACCACCAGUACCUCCAACUCCUCUCCCAACUCUAACCCUAACCCCAACCUCACACCAAUCCAAUCUCUUUAACCUCCUUCAAACCCACUUCAAAUCAAAACCCUUAAACCCUCAAACCCUACUCCAUUUCCUCAAAUCAAAGCUCCACCACCACCCUCUAUUCACUCACUAUGAUUACUUAAUCUUCAAUUGGGCAUCCACCAAUGACUCAUUUUGCCAUGAUCACUCAACUUUUGAAUGGAUGGCUCAUAUUCUUACCAUUACUAACCGACUCUUUGAACUCGGUUCGCUUCUUUCGUUCAUGGCGGCCAAUCCGUGUCCUUGUUCUCAAGGUAUAUUUUCGUGUCCAAGAAUCGAACCGAUUUUUCGGUUUUCUAUUAAUGCGUAUUGUAGAGCUGGGAAAUUGAAUGAUGCAUUGGUUGCUUUUGAUACUAUGCAGAAAUUGAUUGAUGGGAAGGCUAAUGUGAGUGUUUAUAAUAUUUUGAUUAAUGGGUGUGUGAAAUGUGGACAACAUGAUAAGGGUGUUGGUGUUUAUAGUAGAAUGUUGAAGGAUCGAGUUGAGCCGGAUGUGUUUACUUUUAAUAUCUUGAUUAGUAGUUAUUGUAAGAAUGAUAUGUUUGGAUUGGCUUUAGAGUUGUUUAAGGAAAUGAGGGUGAAAGGGUGUAGUCCUAAUGUGGUUAGUUUUAAUACUCUGAUUAGAGGGUUUUUUAGAGAGAGGAAGUUCGAAGAUGGGGUUAAAAUGGCGUAUGAGAUGAUUGAUUUAGGCUGUGGAUUUUCGAGUGUGACUUGUGAAAUUUUGGUGGAUGGACUUUGUAGGGAAGAUAAAGGAUUGGAGGCUUGUAAAUUGUUGAUUGAUUUUUCGAGAAAAGGGGUUUUGCCUAUUAAAUAUGAUUUCUGUGAACUUGUGGAGAAACUUUGUCGGAAAAGAAAUGUGGAUGCAGCUUUGGAGUUGCUGCAUGAGCUGUGGAGGAACGGGAGUAUUCCUAGCUUGAUUUCUUGUACUACACUGAUAGAAGGUUUGAGGAAACUAGGAAAAGUAGAAGAAGCGUUUAAAUUGAUGGAGAGGAUGGUGAAAGAGAGUAUGGUUUCGGAUAUGGUGACCUUUAAUUGUCUCCUUGAAGAUCUUUGCAAUGUAGGGAGAACAGUUGAUGCUAACAAAUUAAGAAUUUUGGCUUCCAGAAAAGGUUUGGCACCGGAUGAGAUGACGUAUUAUACUUUGGUAUAUGGAUAUACAAGAGAGGGGAAAAAGAAAGAAGGGGAAGCUUUGGUGGACGAAAUGCUGGAUGCGGAAUUUAUACCUGAUAUUGCUACAUACAACAGGUUGAUGGACGGGCUUGCCAAAUCUAAGAGCUCCACGAAACAGCAUUUUAAUUGUGUUGGAAAGUGAAUGCUUAAAAAUGUUCUGUCCUGACAUGUAGAAUUGGCUGUAAUAUUUUGAACCAUGGAUGCCCAGAAUCACUGACAGUUUAAGGGCCCUGGUCUUCUUAAAUGAGAUCAACUGAUGUAAUUGGCUAGAAAACCUGCUAAGGGCCUUCGGCUCUGGCAAUAGCAGCUUCAGCAGGGAACUUGUUGGGUGGUUAUUUCUGACGGAUUUCAUUUGUAACUCGUUUCUCCUGGCCAGGCCAGCAAUGCCUACAUUUUCACUGGUUUUGGUUGGGCUUAGUCAUGUCUGGGUCAAUUCGUGCUCAUGAUGAUGCUUCUGGCAGCCUGUGAGUCUUCCUGUUAGAAGGUUUGUUCAGUCAGAGUGACCAAGCAGUUGGUGUCGGCAAUCAAACCAGACCAUCAGCUUAUAAAGAUUGAGCAUCAUGAGCUUGUGAAAUUGAUGGGUGGGGAGUUGUCUGAAUUUGUUUUCGCAAAAUACAGGCUGGUUUACAAGGAGUUGGAAUUCCAACAGUUUGUGCAAAGUUAGCAUAUUAUCUUAAGAAACAGGUUUCAGGGAAGCCAAUAAGCUUGUAGGGAGGGGUUGAAGGAUCUUGAAUCAUAUAGAAACAUGAAUAGACAGUAAACACAGUUACACAAGCAUGAAGUAAUAAAGUAGACUACUGGAGACCGUCAUCGGCUUCUGCAUACCACCAUUUCUCCUCAGCUUCUGUAAUAGCUAUAACCGGCAGUCGAAGCUUAAACCUGCCGAACUGCAAUAGACCGACGUAUUUUUUACUCGGAUACAUAAUUUCGAUGAGCAUGUUGAAGUACAUUCAUUAGAAGAAAGCUCUGAGACCAAAUUGCUGAUAGAACUGACGGCAGCCCCUUUGCAUGCUCAUGAUCAUAUGUAGUAUCUUUGUUUUUUCGCUUAAUACUAUUACUUUGCCCGAGUCUUUACAGGAUUGUGAUAGUUCAUUGAGCUGGGUGAUAUGUUUAAUAGCCUAAUCUAUUAGGAAAUUAAUUGGAGAAACUUACCUGAAACUAUGUACUGUAAUAGUUAAUUUAAAAAAUUUGAUAAUUUUUUUA